CAAUUGAUGUAAGAAAGGAAGGCUUCCAACGACCUGCUGAGCACCGGAGUGGAACGCUCGCUCCAGCAAUGGUGCAUAAAGUGCCCGGACAUAAGAACUUACUGUGCAGCUUAAAACAAGAUAGAUCACAAAUCGAACGCCAGGCAAAACAAAUAUGCAUUGAUACAGUGUCAGGAUGGGACAAGAUGUCUCAAAAUGACAUCACGGUGAGUGAGAUCUCGGGAGGGAUCACCAAUCUUUUGUGGAAGCUGACACCAUCACUGAAAAGUGGACUGGGACCAGUAGUGGUGCGAGUGUUUGGGGAGCAGACAGACCUCCUGAUUGACAGAGAACGUGAAAGGGAGGUCCUGCUGCAGCUGAAUGAGGCUGGCUUCGGUGCACCGAUUCUGAGCACCUUUGACAAUGGGAGGGUGGAGGGCUUUCUGGACAUGCGGACAUUGACACCAGAGGAUAUGACAGAACCUGCUAUGGCAGUCAGGAUAGCCCGCCGGCUGAAGCAAUUCCACACUGCGCCCAUCACAUUGCAUGGCAGCAAUGAGGGCAAGGCCGAGCCUUUCAAGACCCUCUGGAAAUGGUUGGACAUGGCAAAGGAGAUCCGGUAUGCGGAUGAGGAGAAACAGAGAGCACACGAUGCUGUUGACCUUGGGGCCAUGGCGAGAGAGCUUGCAUUGACAGAAGAGAAGAGCGCCCAGUUGCAGUCUCCGGUCGUCUGGAGCCACAACGACCUCCUCAGCGGCAAUGUUCUUGUCUCAAAGCAGGAGGUUGAGCCGAGAGGGGCAGUGGGCACAAUGCCCUCCAUGCAGUUCAUAGACUUUGAGUACGGCUGCCACUCGUACAGAGGCUACGACUGGGGCAACCACUUCUGUGAGUAUGCCGGCUUUGAGUGCGCAUAUAGCCGCUACCCGGACAAUGAGCAUGUCGCCCUCUUCAUUCGGGCCUAUCUGAGCGAAGGCGCCACCAGCCCUCCAUCGGAUGAGGAAGUGGAGGCAGCUGUGGCGGAGGGGAACUUCUUUGCGCUUGUGUCCCACCAGUUCUGGGGCAUCUGGGCCCUCAUCCAAGCGCGCUAUUCUCCCAUCGACUUUGACUACUUCGGCUACAGCAAGCUCAGAUGGGACGAGUACUACAGGCGGAAGGAGGAAUUUCUGAGAGAUGUUUAGCCCUUCCUGAGUCGGCAUGAUGUCGGUGUAAGUGUACAUGAUUUGCGAUAUUGAGAGGAGAUAUUCCUGGAGUAUUCAUGAACAUAGUAACACCGUACAAGUUAAGUCUGCACACCUUCAAAGCGCAUGCCUCAGUUUCUUAUUCUGAACUGUUUUGCGAGUACGAGUUCAACGUACUGGAGGUCUUGAGGCAAGUUACGGUAGAUCAAAAUUGAUGUCCAGCAUUGCUUAAAUAAUCAUUAUA